AUGGUGAUAAUCAAGCAGAGUCAGAUAAUCCUAAACUUCCUGGCGAUGGAGUGGAGAAUAACCAAUGAGCACAUAGACUGUGUGUGGGCUGCUAGUCAGCUAAAGCAUUGCAGUAAACAAGUGUAUGACAUCCUCAUCUCUUUGAUCAAAAACCUGGAUCUGCCUCCUGUACAACAUCUGCUGAAACUGGUCUCUGCUCUAGAACCGACGGUGCUCACAGAAUCUACCCUUUACCUGGCAUCUGCAUUAAUCAAGUACAUCUGGAACCAGUGUGCGACGGCACAACACCACGGUGCAAUGGUACAGCAACAUCUACAACCACACCUACAGGCGUCCUACACAGCCAUCAGGCAGGACGAGGAGGAGAUGGAGAUCGCUGGUCUGGGGAAGCCAAGCAAACACAACAUCAGCAGCAGUGAGAGCAUCCAGGAGUCCGAAGAGGGGGAGCACCUGCAUAGGGUGAAGCGAGGGCACCUGGGUGCCGAGGAGGGUCUGAGGGGAGCUGUCAGGGACCACUGCUGUCAGCACCACCAUCACCACAAGGUUGUAGAUGAGUCCGAGAGCAGUCUCGGGGUAGGAUCGGACUUCAGCAAUGAGAGCGAAGAAAGUGGCAUUGAGGGAGAGGCUCAGACUGAGCAGCUUCGGAAGAUGAAGAUUAGACAGAAAAAGUUGGCUCGUCACCCAGGGGAGGCGAGUGAAAGUGAUGUGGAAUGUACUGAGUCCAGUGAUGAUACUGGAGAAGUGAAGGAAGGUGGGAAGGGAUUCAUUGGGCAUCGGAAAGUCAAGGGCAUUAAGGGGAUGAAGAAACUGGGCAGAAAGAUGGAGAAGGUGGAAGAAUCGGAAGGCGAGAGUUCCGAAGUUGAUGAAUGUUGUGGUCAUAGUCAUGAUGAGGAGGAGUCUGACUACUUAAACUCUGAUGAAGAGUUGUUGAAGCAGGCAAAGCUUGUGCGUUUGAAACAGCUUUGUCCUCGUGAGAGUGAGGAUAGCUCGGACUUCGAUGAUAUUGAGGAGGAGACCAAAGUGUUCCGUAAGAUGAAACUGUUUCAGGCUCAACAGGAAAUUCAGAAACAGAAGAAGCAGCUUGUUGAACAGCGCCAACACCAGUUGUUGCAGCAGGCGGCACACAUGAUGUUGCGGCGACAGGGGAAGCUGUGUCACCAUGACCACGUCAACAUCCAGAAGGUCAGCGAAGUCAUGCAAGAUGUCAUGCAUGAGGCUCAUGAAGAUGCUGGAAAGGAGCAUAAUGCCAGCGGAGAUGGUCCAGACAAGGUCAAAUUGGCAGAAAUUGCAGCACAGGAAGGGGUGUCGUCUGGUGCAGCUGAUUCACAUCAGCAGCCUGCGAUGUCUGGGAAGGGUCAGGACACAGACGUGUUUGACUGUACCUCCAUCAUACAGAAGAUGAGAGCUGCACAGAGACAGAGGGCAUUACAGGGGGAGUUCACUGAGGACAUCCUGAGUCCGGAUGAUGGCAGUUGCCAUAGUUCCCACAUGAGUGCCAAGUCUGACAAGAACAUGGCCGAUUUUGAUGGGGAGGAGGGUCUUAGUGAGGAGGAACUGGCCCAGAUCAAUGCCCACGCCCACUUCAACGCUAGUCAGAUGCAGCACCUUACCAACAUGGCAUCCAUGUACCACCUUCCUCCAUCUGUGAUACACCACCGACCAACCCAGCGAGAUGCCGGGCUGCAGAGCUGUCCUGAGUUCACCAUUGACGAUGUGUGCAAGAAGGGUACCACAUUGCUGUGGGACAUUGUACAGGAAGAUGUGGCACACCUGUUGCCAGACGGACUACUGUUGGGAGCAGAGAAGGCCCUCCACAACCUUGUGUGUUUCUCCACCGACAAGAGGAUCAAGACUAAAUUUAUAGAAGCCUGCAUAGAUAACCUGGCCUCACACAAGUCAGUUGUGGUGUCCCUGCGACUCCUGCCCAAGAUCUUCAACUCCUUCCAGCAGUACCGGAGUGGGGCGGACACUCAUGCCGUCACCAUGUGGUCAGAGAACAAUCUUGGCAUGAUGAAGCAUUACUUCCGGGAUCUAGUGUAUUACACUGAGAACAGGAGGAACAGGUCAAACUCCCUGUACAGCCACAAGGAUGAGACGGGCGUGAGGCUAGACUUCCUGACCUGUGUGUUCUCCUCCAUGGGUUCUCCUGACAGUUUCAGUGAGUUUCUAUCGUUAUUUAUUGAUAACAACAACUUCAACUUCUAG